AUGGGGGACAUCUCCGAAGCCUUCAAGGUCAAGCUGGCCGGCCUGAACGCCUCGUCCCAGUCCAUCGAGACCCUGAGCCACUGGUGCGUGUUCCAUCGCAAGAAGGCCAAGGAUUUGGUGAAGGUUUGGGAGCGGGAGCUCCAGGGGGCGGCGGGAAAGCGCAAGCUCGUCUUCCUGUACCUCGCCAACGACGUGAUCCAGAACUCCCGCAAGAAGGGUCGAGAAUGGGUCGACGCGCUUUGGCCCAUCAUGGGCUGGGCCAUGAAGCACACCCUGCGGAACUCCUCGGACGAGAAGACGAUGCGGCAGUGCGAGAAGCUGGUGAAUGUCUGGCAGGAUCGCAAGAUCUUCGGGAGCAGGUCCCUCUCCGGGUGGCUUGACCCGGGAGGAGCGGGCGACGACGGCGCGAACGGCCAGGCCGCGGACGUCGCCGCCAAAGCCGCCGCCAAGGCCGAGCCCGCGCAGGGCCGCAACCGCGACGUCCCUGCAUUCGCCAGACGAAGGGAGGAACGCCUCGACGCCGUCCCAUCGGCGCUCACGGGGAAACGCGCCGCGCUGGCCAAGGCGCUCGAGGCCGUGGAGGCCGCCUCCGCCGCGCUGGAGAAGGCCAACGCGACGUGCGAACACGACCUCGUGGACGCAUACAUCGCCGACGACGUCGUGGACAAUUGCCCCGCGGGGGAGGAGGAGCGGUGCAAGAUUCGGCUGCAGGCGGCGGAGAGCGCGCUCGCCGCCAAACGAGCCGCCCUGGAGGAGAGCGCCAAAGCCAACGCGGAGGCGGCGCGGCUGGCGAAGGAGGUGCACGAGGAGUGCGAGUCGUCAGCGACGGCGGAGGCUGCAGAGCUGGACGAGUCCGCCACCGUCGCGGUCAAGGUGGCGACGCUGAGGAUGAAGGCAACGCGGGCGGCGGCGAAGGCGAUGGCGGCGGCGGCGGCGUCGGAGGGCGCCGGGUCGAAGAACCCCAAGGCUGUCGCCCCCGCGGCCGCGGCUGAACCCGCGCCCGAACCCGCGGAGGAGACGGAGGACGAGCCGUACGUGCCCGAGGGUGGGGGCGGGGACGACGAGGAGUACGUCCCGAUGGACGCGGCGGGCGGCGGAGGGGGCGACGUGGAGGCGCUUCUUGCGACGCUGCGGGAGGCGGCGAAGGACCCCGAGGUGUUUCACGAGAUGCUGGCGGCGCUUCCCCCGGAGCAGCGCGCCGCGAUCGAGGCGCACAUGGCCGAUCAGUGA